AUGGGACUUACUUAUCGUGUUCUCUCUUUCACUCUCUCUCUCUCUUAUUUCCUCUCUCUCUCUCUCUCUCUCUCUCUCUCACAUGUACACACAUUCAUUCACUCAUGUACUCUCUCUCUCUGUCUCACUCUCUAUGUUCAUGGUCGCCACUCUUCUCUUUAUUCAAAAAUGUCCUUGUCUCCACGAAUUUCUUGCACAACGCACGAAUUGACGGACUUAUAUUUCUCUUGCUUUUGUUUUGACCAUUCCCUUUCUUUCUCUCAUUCUUUCUUUCUUUCUUUCUCUCAUUCUUUCUUUCUUUCUUUCUUUCUUUCUUUCUUUCUUUCUCUCUUUCUCUCUUUCUUUCUCUCAUUCUCUCUUUCUUUCUCUCAUUCUCUCUUUCUUUCUUUCUCUCUUUCUCUCUUUCUCUCCUUCUUUCUUUCUUUCUUUUGUCUUUCUUUUGUCUUUCUUUUCUGUAUUUUCUUCACUAUCGACCUUUCUUUCUUUCUUAAAUAUCGUUUUUUUUUUACUUUUAAUUUCUUUCAUCUUCUUCCGCUGGAAAAAAAAAAAAACAUGCACAUCGGCACAAUUAUUUACUGA